AACAUUUAAAUUUAACCUACCAAUUAUCGCUCAUAUUUGUGAAGAUUUUCUUAUAAAAUAUCACUAAAUUCAAGGAAAAUAUGCUUAAAAGGCCUUGUACAAGAAUCGAAUUGAAUAAUAAAGAUAUUGAAGAGUUUGAUAGACUGCAAAAAGAGAAACAAGAAAAGCAACACGUCCAAAUGCUACAGGCUCAAACCUCAACACCGACGAUGGAUACAUUUGACCCACAAACUCGAGCAAAAUCAAUUAAUGAGAGAAUUGGACUAAUCCAGUAUCAAAGGCUAAGUAAGAAUUUAGCAAGUCCAAGAAUAGGAUUUCGUUGA